GGAUUUAAAGAAUUUUCAAAACAAUUGAGUAUUUUUUGCUCAUGAAUAACAUUAAUAAAGCAUCUUGAAUUCAUGAGCUGUACAGAGUGCAACAUGUAAACAUCUUUCAUAUAAGAAGAUGCUAUAGACGACGUUCACAUUGCCAAUGACUGAGGUAGUGUGAAUGACGUUAAUGUGAUCGAUCAUAUUACAUCACGAUGAAAACAAUUUUGCCUUCUGAUGAGCUCUAAUUCGUUCUAAUUUGCACACAACUUCGAAAUCGAAUUUGGAAGACAAAGAAAAGAACACAAAACAAUUUAUAUGGUAAUGAAUAGGUGUUUGUGAUGUGUGCUGUUGUUAUCCGGCCAUGUCAAAUAGCCAAAAUACUUUGAAAACAACAGUCCUUAAUGUAUAUAGCAGAGUCAUAUAGAAGGGUGUAGUUGUUAUUCGAAAGUCAUAGAUACGCUUGAAGAGCGUGGGGCUCUUCUCGUACUCAAUGGGUGAAAGGUGAGAAGAUAUCGCUUCAGAAACUACUUAAAUAAUUAGGUUAAAAAAGCGAAAACAUUUGUUGAACGAAGGAACUUUAAAUGGCAAGAGUGCUCUUGAACAACACCAUUGUUGGCUUUCUUCUACUUCUCGUUUUUGCCAACGUGAACGCAGAAAAUGACGAUUUACAACUGAUUCUUCUCUAUCGCGAUGUCAUCGACGCGAAGUUGGCUACGGCACCUUGUCAACAUGACCAACCUCUUACAUGAUGAGGACAUCAUACAAGAUUAUUCUUUCUGGAACAAAGACAUUGAAACCGUGCGAAAUGUUGCCAGUUACCUCAUGUCAAUGUGGCCAUUUAAAGACUCGCAGAAUCGAUCUUUGGUCGAAAGUGUACAAGCAAUCUAUACACUUGUAAAGACGAUAACAUUAUCAUCGGAUCAGAUAUUUGGCUCUGCAAUUUGUUUCGACAAGAGUAUGUUCCAAGGGAGACGACAAUUUUGUCCGUACGCCUUUAAGAAUUAUACCCCUGGUACAAACGCGAGUUACAAAACAAUUAUUAGCGAUUGGGGAAGACUGUACGACUAUCUAUCUCCUCCAAAUCCGAACAGAAAAUUCUCAGGUGAAGAUAACUUUACCUGGUGGCGAAUUAGUGAGGAAUAUCGCCGAAACAUCACGCUUCCAUACAACACAGUUUUUACGACGUCGAUUUACAUCGACGUUUACGAAAUACACUUCGAUACUACAACAAAUUACGUGCCUGACAAGUUGGGAAAAUGGACUACGCCAUAUUACGACUGUCAUGGGGGUAGAAUAUGGAUGUUCACUUACUUAACACCAUUUUACGACGAAGCAGGGAAGUUCCUUGGAAUUGUCACCUUCCACGUCAAUCUCGACUCCAUUGACAUCAACGAAUGCGAAGCACCACCAGACAUUCAGAUUGAUCGACGACGUAAUCGGAAACACAAAGUACAAUUUUAUGGCAAUCAUGCUUGUCAUAACAAAACGACUAAGUGUGUCCAUUUGCCCGGUGGUGGCUUCAAAAUGGGCAACUACCGCUGUGUAUGUCGGGAAGGAUAUUAUUUUCCACGGCUAGACGCAAAGAAGAAAUACUUCGAUGGGAAAGAUGUGAGCAAGGCGAAUGGUGACAACUCAAAAUUUAAUUGUCUUCCAUGUCGCGAGGGUUGCACAACUUGUGUUGAUGAUUCGCCUUGUUUGUACCAAGAACGUAUGGUUAUAAGAAAACUGAUUUUGGUCGUGAAUGGUAUGACCCAAUUUUUGGCUAUCUCUGCUGGCUUGUUCAUCUUCCUUCAUCGUGAGACAAAGAUAUUGAAAGCGUCCAGUCCAUUUUUCAUGGUGAUCAUCGCCUUUGGUUUGACGCUUAUGUACACAGAGGUGACACUGGGCUUCUUUGAUGAAACAAUUUCACUUUGUAUUGCAAGAUCAUGGCUUUAUCAUGUUGGUUUCACAUUGGCUUUCGCUUCGUUACUUUUGAAAACUUGGAGGAUUGCGGUCAUAUUCCGUCUGCGGACGGCAAAAACCAUCGAACUUACAGAUAAAUCGUUACUGACCUACUUGUUGCUUAUGUUAUUGGCCGUCUGCUCUUAUUUCGCUAUCUGGACUUUAACACAAGAUCACGAAUAUGAGACGAUAAAGACAAAUUCCGGUUACAAAUACAGGCGCUGCGUCAAACCGUGGUUCACUAAUGCCUUUGAAAUCGGCGAGGUUUUAUUUCUGCUGUGUGUUUGGCUUUGUAUCCGUGUACGAAAGCCCUCAGCGUACAACGAGAGCAAGUACAUCGCCUGGUGUAUAUAUAACACUCUGUUUGUUAAGAUCGUAGUUGGUCUUCUGAGAAUUGUUCUAGAUAACUUUCACAAUCCUGAUGUCGCGUAUGUCGUAAACAGUUUGUCAACGCAUGUCAUUGCCACCGUUAUGUUGGUUUUGCUCUUUGCUUUCAAGGUAUACUUCUUGAAAAAAUACAAUGUAAAUCAAAGAAGGCGUUCUCGGGUAGUUCGUCUAUAG